UUUCGAGUACUCAGAAUGGGUACCCCAUAAUGGCAUCCUAAUAUUGACCCCCUUGAUGUUUCUUUUCUUGAAUUUCCUAUUCCUUCAGAGCGACAAGAAGAUAUUGUCUCCAAAUUCUGGGGCAACAGCCAGAAAUAUCCAAAGUCGUAUUUUCUUCCAUGGAUCCAAUGUUAUACUGAGCAAUGCAGAAUCGCAUACCAGUCAUACGGAAGCCAUCUUGCCAUCCGCACCCAUCAACAUAUCGUGGACACUGCUAAGCGCAUCCAAGAAAAACUCUCACGCUCUGAGGUUUAUGAUUUUGUCGGACAGUGCCAGUGGACCGGUGCUUCGACAUCGAGAGACUCUAUCAAUGCCUCCAUAGAUCUCACUGCUCGACUCCUCUAUAUGCUUGAUAUUGGCGAGUUCCAAAAUGGACACUCGGGGAGGAGACCAUUACUUUGGGUCUAUGGCUCUCUCCAGGACUUCGUUCGAGAGACACUGUGUGGAGCGGACUCUCUUCCUGACGACGGAAUCAAAUUCGACAAAACAUUCAGUAUCUGCCGCAUGGUUGGCAUCGCGGGCUUCAAAGUGGAACUAACGUCAAAUUUGUCUGAUCAUCUUCGGUUCAGAGACUCCGAUAAGACUGUCAAGGUUUUCCACCAUGCAUCGUUUCUGGAGGCUCACAAACAAACCUCGAUGUACCCCUCAGGUCUUGUCGAGGAGACAUUGGCUACACUGGCCCUCUUCUUUCCAAAAGGAGACAAAGAGAUUGAGAGAUGGUACAAGAAGCAGGAUCAUGCCGAUGAGUUGGACGAGAACAUACUGAGGUGCGCCAAGAUUGACAUAGGAAUAAAAGAAUACAGAUAUUGGCAUGAUCGUCUUGUGAUUAUCAAGACAGAAUUUGACGAGUCUCGUCCAUCAACGAUCACACAAUGGUGGAAAGACAGACGCGAUGGUAGUCAGUGGUAUCCAUUGUGGGUUGCCAUCUCCUUGGCCGUCUUGUUUGGUCUCGUUCAGAGCAUAGAGGGCGCGUUACAGGUGUACAAAGCAUUCAACCCUUAGUCUCGCGGAUGGCUGAUGCUGGUAAGCUGGAGGGACGGAAAGAGAGAUAUCCGCCACUAGGAAGAGAAUAAGGAUUAUUUCAACUAGUACCUACUCAGGAGGAUAAAUACGGAUACUAAAUCUCAUCAAGGAGUCUAACAAUUGGAUUAUCG